CGCGGCCGGGUGGGGCGGCAGCGCCCGCCGCGAGUACCCCCAGUUCUGGCGGCUUCUGCGCGCCGGGGCCGCCUCUCCUUCCGCCGGUGCCGCGGCGCCUCAUGGAAGCCCCGGAGGGCGGCGGAGGGGGGCCUGCAGCGCGGGGCCCGGAGGGGCAGCCGGCGCCCGAAGCCAGGGUGCACUUCCGAGUGGCGAGGUUCAUCAUGGAGGCAGGUGUCAAGCUAGGGAUGCGGUCCAUUCCCAUUGCCACUGCUUGCACCAUUUACCAUAAGUUCUUUUGCGAGACCAACCUGGACGCCUAUGACCCUUACCUGAUUGCCAUGUCUUCAAUUUACUUGGCCGGCAAAGUGGAAGAGCAGCACCUGCGGACUCGUGACAUCAUCAAUGUGUCCAACAGGUACUUUAACCCAAGCGGUGAGCCCCUGGAAUUGGACUCCCGCUUCUGGGAGCUCCGGGACAGCAUCGUGCAGUGUGAGCUUCUCAUGCUGAGAGUUCUGCGCUUCCAGGUCUCCUUCCAGCAUCCACACAAGUACCUGCUCCACUACCUGGUUUCCCUCCAGAACUGGCUGAACCGCCACAGCUGGCAGCGGACCCCUGUUGCCGUCACCGCCUGGGCCCUGCUGCGGGACAGCUACCACGGGGCGCUGUGCCUCCGCUUCCAGGCCCAGCACAUCGCCGUGGCGGUGCUCUACCUGGCCCUGCAGGUCUACGGAGUUGAGGUGCCCGCCGAGGUCGAGGCUGAGAAGCCGUGGUGGCAGGUGUUUAAUGACGACCUUACCAAGCCAAUCAUUGAUAAUAUUGUGUCUGAUCUCAUUCAGAUUUAUACCAUGGACACAGAGAUCCCCUAAGGUCCUGGCCCAGGCCUGCCCAAAGAGAAGCCCAGGAUGGUCGGCUGCCUGGGGACAUUGUCACCACGUCGCCAUGACGGCUGGUCCCCACAGGACCAGCUGGGAGGACUGGUUGUGCUGCUGGAGAAGGGCUGGAGAAGGCGAUGGCAUGCUGCCGCUUUGCCAGUCCCUAGCAGUCGCGGUGCAGGUGAUGGUGGGAGCCGCGCCUCCAGCGGGCAGGCCGGGAGUGUACUGUGUGCAGCUGACCCAAGGCAGCCACAUCUGCGUUUGUCCUUUGAGAGGACUUUGACUACAAUACAGGCAUGACAUCAAUGAAAGGAAAGUCAUGAAAUCGAUGAGACUGAAUCCCUACGGAUUUCUUAAAAGCCAGAUUUGUAGGGAGAAUGAAUGUGCAACGUGGCUGAAAUCUAUUUUGUGUAAUAAAAGGUGAUACAAGUCAA